CAUGCUAUAAAAUAUGAGGCCUUCGGCCUACCGUAUCGGUAGGACGCUCCACAUUGAUUCCGGGGUUUCCUUUUGGUCCCUGCGCCCCUUUGCCUCCUCACGCUGUUUCCCCUCCCCCGCUGUCUCUCCCUUCAGUUUGCGUGGGUUUUGGCGAGGCGGAGCCCUGGAGUAAAACCUGGGGUCGGUGCUGUGAGACGCGCCCUUGUGCUGGGAGUCGGAGUUGUGGGGAGGACGGACUGAGGGCAAAAGCAUGUCCUCCCUCCCUGAGUGCAUGUGACUCUGCAGAGAUUGCUGAGCUGCAGCAGGCAGUGGUUGAAGAGCUGGGUAUCUCUAUGGAGGAACUUCGGCAGUUCAUUGAUGAAGAACUGGAGAAGAUGGACUGUAUACAGCAGCGCAAGAGGCAGCUAGCAGAGCUGGAGACGUGGGUACUCCAGAAAGAGUCUGAAGUGGCUUAUGUUGAUCGGCUGUUUGAUGAUGCAUCCAGCUCUGUGAAGCUAUGGCUGUCUUAAGAAAAUCAGCUCAAGAUGUCCAGAAGUUCAUGGAUGCUGUCAACAAGAAAAGCAGUUCUCAAGAUCUACGUAAAGGAACCUUGGGUCAGGUGUCUGGAGAACUGAGCAAAGAUGGGGACCUGAUAGUCAGCAUGCGGAUUCUGGGCAAGAAGAGGACUAAGACAUGGCACAAAGGCACCCUUAUUGCCAUCCAGACUGUGGGGCUAGGAAAGAAAUACAAAGUGAAAUUUGACAACAAAGGAAAGAGUCUGCUGUCUGGGAACCAUAUUGCCUAUGAUUACCACCCUCCCGCUGACAAGCUGUUUGUGGGUAGUCGAGUGGUGGCCAAGUACAAAGAUGGAAAUCAGGUCUGGCUUUAUGCUGGCAUUGUAGCUGAGACCCCUAACGUCAAGAACAAGCUCAGGGUCAGUCUCAUAACGCAGAGUAGCCUGAAACAUGCUAUGUAGAUCAGGCUGGCUUGAAAUUCUCAGUUCCACCUGCCUUGGCCUCUCAGGUGCUGGCAUUAAACAGUCCACUACUGUACUGUGGUAGGAAUUUAGUUAGGAAGUGAAACAGAGAACAUUGAGGAAUGCAGCUUUCUGAUAUUCUGUUAAUGGCUUUCUCAGCCUGCUUUUUCUAUACACUGUUGGACUACCUGCUUAGGGAGCUCCCUGACCCAUGUGUUGGACCAUUCCAUGUUAAUCAUUAAUCAAGAAACUAUCAUACUGACUUGUCUACACCAGUGUAAUGGAAUGCUUUGUUUGUUGGUGACAGGGUCUUGUAAUGAGUGGCCUGGAACUGCUGGAGAUCCACCCACCUUGCCCUCCCAAUUGCUGGGCUGGCAUUUAAAGGUGCGCACCACAAUGCCAGGUCGGAGGCAUUGUUUUUAUGACAUUUCCUCUUUUCAGAUGAUCCUAGCUUGUGUCAAAUUUACAAAAACAAAACAUGACAUCUAAAUAGUACACUUGAAUAUAAGAAAUUAUAGUUUAGUGGUAUUGCAUGCUUUUAAUCCCAGUACUUGGGAGGUAGAGGCCAAUGUAUCUCUGUGAGUUAGAUACCAGCCUGGUCUACAAAUGAAGUUCUAGAACAUCCAGAACUGUUAACAUAGAGAAACCAUGUGUUGAAAAACCAAAAUAAAAUAAAGUCGUGGUUAAAUGUGGGUUUUUUGUUUUUUUUGUUUUUUUGUUUUUUGUUUUGUAUGUAGUAGGCAUGAUGACUUAUACCUAUAAUCAUAUAUUUAAAAAGCUAUGGUACAAGGAUCAAUUCAAGUUUCAGGAUAGCCUGGCCUACAUGGUUAGGCUGGGGUAUCCUGAGUGACAGUGUGAAAUCCUAUUUCAUAAGAGUAUCAAUUAUUAGUUGCCUGUGGUCCCAGUCAGCUGUACUCCCUGUUCUGAAGUUCUCCAGAGUUGAGCCUUACAUACUGAGUUUCUGUGUCAACAAACAAAUGAGCUAAAGAGAUGGCUCAGUGGUUAAGAGCACUUGCUGCUCCUCUAAAUGAUCUGAGUUAAGUUUCCAAUACUCCUGUGGAAUGGUUCACAAUUGCUUGUAACUCCAGGUUGAUAGGAUCUGACUUAUCAGCCUAAUCAUGUUCCUGUACAACUUAAAUGCAGGCACACAUUCAUAUAAUUAAAAAUAAAACUAUCCAAAACCCUAGGAAAACAUCUAAACAAACCAAUCAAACCACCCAUGCAACCAAACAAUCUAAAGCAACCAACAACCAACCAGAUAAGAAGCCAGUAUGUCGUCUAGCCUCUCACCAUACCUCCUUUUAGUAGAUGAUUUGAAUGUGUGUGUGUGUGUGUGUGUGUGUGUGUGUGUAUACACAUAUGUAGGGCCUAAGGAUAGCUGUUGAGUUAGUUCUCUCCUUGAACCUUUAUGUGCCUUUUGGAGAAUCCAACUUCAAGUGCCUUUAGCUCUUGAGCCAUCUUGUCAGUUCUGCUUACUUCUAAAUGUGCACAUGCUAUUGUGUGAGGAACUCUGAAGAUUUGCAGGAGUCCUCUCUUGUGUAAGUUCAGAGCAUUGGAUCUUGGGAUGUUAGGUGUAGCUUUGUAUAACUUACUAGUGGAGUCAUCUUCAUGGCUGAUUUUUAAAUAUUUGGUGAAUCAGACUGACAGCAGGCCAAAGAGUAGUGCCCUAUGUUUAUGGUUCUAACAUUGACAGGAGAGGCAGUUGACUCAGGAAUUCAAGGCCAUUUUCAUCUACAUAGUGAAUUUGAGGUCAGUCUAGGCUACAUGAGAGCUUGUUUCAAAGGACAAAUGUAUCCCCUUCCCCUCCAAUCCACAUAUGCAUGGGAAUGAAUGUAGUAGGUUGAAUGUUAGUUUCAUUUACUUUGCUUCUCACUACUGGGUUAAUUUCCAAGGUGUCCUUUGUUUCAUGUCUUUGGUUUUCUUGUUUUUGAGAUAGUAUCUUUCUACAUAGCUCCUGCUGUCCUAGAACUCACUAUGUAGACCAGGCUGGCUUUGAACUCAGAGAAAUUGGCCAGCCUCUGUCUGCCUCCUGAGUACUGAGAUUAAAGGGAUGCACCACUACGCCUGGCUCUUUGUAUUUCGUGAUCUGUAAAAUUAUAGAAUUCAUCUCACUGUGUUUUGAGUCUACAUUGUUCUGAAUUGCUCUUAUAACUAGACAUUAGUUCUGUGUCGUUAUAACUUUGUCAUUUGUAAAAAACUUGUGACAUAGGACACCCCACUUUUGGAGGGCAGAGAAAGGGACUAGUUUCAUUUUGUAGUACAGGCUGGUCUCUGCAUUCUGAGUGCUGAAAUACUUGUUUUAAUAAAAAUUCUUUAUUCACUGUC